AUGGCUUCUAGCCUCGUAUACCAGCCCGCACAGAGCGCCCAUGGUCCUGCAGAAUUUCUGGUCGACAAGGAGGCACACUUCACGAAUAAUGGGAACAUAUUCGUAGGGAGCCAAACGUUCCAAGCGGGGAAUAUCAACCUAGGACCUAAAAAAGACGCUGAAGAGGACGAAUGCAAAUGUGUCCGAGACCUCUACUCUGUCGACCGCGACGCCUUUAUUUUAAAAGAAAAACAAAGAGAUAGGCUUGUCGAAGAAUCGUUCGCUUGGAUCUUUGAAAACAAAUCUUUCAAAUUAUGGCUUCAAGAUGAACAGCAAGAGAGGGAAAGGCAAGAGGCACCAGAAAUCCCUUCUACUAUGGGAUCUUCAUCUGAGACUGCCCAACCAGAAACCUUGCUCCCCAAUACUAGACCUCAGAUUCUUUGCAUUACAGCAGGCCCAGGCAUGGGGAAAACUAUGACCAUGAUUGGAAUAAUAAACGAGCUUUCGAAGACAAAGGGCCCAGUGAUGUCAUAUUAUAUAUGCCAGGGUACAGACGAUCGGUUGAGUAGUCCCGCAGCAGCUGCAAAGGAGUUGCUGUACCAAAUCCUUUCUCAGCCUAAGAAUAAAGGACUUGUCAAGUAUCUCCAGGAACCGUACCGCAAAAGUGGAGGCAAAAUACUUGAAGGGGACUCGGAGAAUGUUUUUCUAAUUCUACAGAACGUCCUCAUGCAACUGAUAAGGGACGACCACUUACCAGAAGUUUACUUCUUCAUCGACGCCCUGGACGAAUGCAAAGAGCCAAAGUACCUGCUACAAAUGAUUAAAAAAACAACAUUCGUCUCUCGGAAAAUACGCUGGCUGAUAUCGCACCGCAACAAUCUUCAAGUUGAUAUAUUCCUAGCGGACUUGGAGGAGGACAAAGUUCAUUCAAUAAUCGACUUUGCCGCACAUGGGCCGGAAGUAAACGAGGGGGUAGCGAGGUACAUAUCGGGGAAAGUGGCAUCGUUUAGCCAUUCUCGAUUUACUCUCGACCAAAAAAGGAGGCUCUCGGAAGUAUUGCUUGAAAAGGCUCAGGGAACUUAUUUAUGGAUUAAUUUUGCUUGCGAGGCUCUCGAAGAAGGGUCUAUAUCUGGAGUUGACCGCUUGGAACAUAUACCUCCCGGGCUGGCAGCAAUUUACGACAAGGCAUUGGGGGGCUUACGAACCAAUAGGUUCAUGCAUAAGGAUAUUCUAUUCUCGAUUCUAGGGACAAUGGUAGUGGCUUUUCGGCCUUUAGUAUUGGCAGAGUUUGUGGCCUUGCUUGAACAUACUUCCGAUAGUACAGGGUCGAUAGCGAGAGUUACUAAAAGGGAACUCGACAUCAAUACCGUUAGGAGUUAUGUCCGGUGUAACCCAUUCCUAAUGUUCCAAGGAGAUGUUAUAUGUUUCGUUCACUACUCCGCUAAGGAGUAUUUGGAACAGAACUCUUCAGUAUUCCAAAUAAUCUCACCAACUGAGAGUGACAGCGGGAAAUGGUUCCACCACCGGAAUAUGUAUAUCAAUUGUCGUCGUCAGAUUAAGGACAAGAUAAACCUCGAAAAAAUGAUUGGGGUAGCUACAGAUGCUGCCCUCGCCGACGUUUCGGCUAUCAGACAGUUGGACUAUGCUUGCUGUCAUUGGGCUAAUCAUCUUAAAGGAUAUGUCACAAUGAGAUGGGCACCUCAUAAUAUCCCGAUGGCUGAAGAGUCAAAAGAAUUUCAAGAAGAAAUUCUACAGUUCUUCCAGCGAGAUUUACUCAAUUGGUUAAUGGCCCUUGGGAUACUGCAAAAAAUCACGAACGGGAUUAUACAACUAGACAACCUUAGGACGAUCUUUGGGAAUAUAAAAAGACGAGAUGGCACUGAUUCAAAUGCUAGUGGGAUGCAGUCUAACCUAUAUAGAACUCUUCUUGAAACAAUAUUGGACGCCCAACUUUUCAUAUCUUACAAUCAAAGCCUUUUCGAGGAUACGCCGACUCAAAUAUACUCUGCUGUUUUGUUCAGCCCGGCAAAAAGUGCUAUCAGGAGAUACUUCUCUUGGACUAUCCCCCCGUGGAUUAAGACGAAGCCAUUAGUGGAUGAAGACUGGGGCCGCUGCUUCCGGAUUAUAGAAAAUUCAGUGUCUAGUGCUGCUAUGGCUCUAUCCUCAAGUAAUCGAUACAUAGCGGCCGGAUAUAAGGGGGGCUAUGUUCAAGUAUGGGAUAUAGUCUCUGGUGCCCAAAUUCUUGAACCCUAUUCUAUGGAUCCUUUGAACCUACCUCCGGAAAUUUUUCAAAAUUCGGGUGAAAUUCGAAGUCGGGAAGUCGCUGUUGACAGCAUCAGGUUUGCAAAAAACGAUGAAAAACUCAUGGUCACCCUCCGGGGGACUUUAAAGGGAAGCCCUAGCCCCCGGAGAGGAAUUACUUUGCGUGUCCUUGAUUUGGCAUCCGAAGCCUGGGAGACUCCGAUAAACAUUAUGUUUACUGGGGGGGAUUUAGUGGACUUGCAACUCCUAAAGACCACUGGUAGGCUUAUAUUCGCUCCGAACGGUCAAUAUUGCGUUGGGUUCUACAAAAGACUCGUCGUAUAUCUUGAGACCGAUGACAAAUUCCACAGUUACAAUACUACUUGCAACGUCGAAGAAAUCUCUAGCGAGCAUAGUAAUUCCAUUUUAUCGUUAGUGGUUUCGCCGGAUAGCGAGAGAUUUGCGACUGUGACUUUCACCGAAGUCAGCAUAUGGACUACGAAGCAGCCGAUUACAAAGUUAUAUACGAUCGAUAUACCUAGCGAGAAGCUCCAAGAAAAGGAGUUAGAGGUACUGCAAGCUCCGAUCGUAUGCUUCUCGCAUGAUCAUCAAUUUAUUGCGAUCGUCUACGGUAUAGUACCCGACUGGAUUCGGUACGAGACAGGAACUACACCAAAACUUGGGGUCUGGAAACUCUCGACCAGGGAGCGCACUAAUUUUGUUAAAAUCCCCUUUCAACCCCGCCAACUUUUUUUCUCAUCAGAUUUAAAGAGCAUACCUUUCAUCUAUGCGAACAGCGGUAUUUUUGGCCUGAAUUUGGAUAUUUAUAUCUUCCAUAUUGAUCGGGAUAGUAAGCCGCUCCGGCUCCGAUAUCAGCGAUGUGUGGGGGGAAUAGAAACUCAUGUGUCUCUUUGCAGCGGAUGGGCCUUGGCUUCCUCACCCGCAAAUUCUGAGGAUCCUCGUAUACGUGACUGGUUCAUAUGGGAUCUCGUUACUGAUGAUCUUAUUCAGUUAAAGCUUCCAAGCGAUGCUUUUACAACGUUAAAGGGUGCUACAAUGUCUCCGGAUAGGACAACGGUAGCAAUUUCCUCGGACAGGUGUGCCGCCAGCCUCUUGUUAUUUGACUUAAAAAAAUACUCAAAUUCUUCGGUAUCGCCACCUCGACCUAUCCAAGCUCAGCGCUCCCUUUCUUCCUUACUUCGUUUACCUGCUAUGUGGGGGGCGAGGCACAGCAACGAAAUCAGCCCGACUUUCGCAAUUUCCAAACUUUGUGCUUUCACCGAAGCACGUGCACAAGCGGAAGGAGAGACUAGAGGCCAAGUCUUCAAGGGAAUGCGAAAUGAUUGUAUCCCCAAAUUAGCUAUUCCAGUACGCGGUAGGGCAGCUACGCAUAUAGACGCAGGGAAGCUAUAUAUUUGGGAUACUCAGGACCAGAUAUUACAGCAAAUACUCCCAGUCAAGACAAUGGGUAGGGUUUCGUCGAUCCAAUUUAGCUCGAACGGCUACAUGGUUGCAUAUGCAGCAUAUACGGUCUUUCCACGUAAAAUGAACACUAUCGAGGUCUACGAUCUUUCUGAUGGGCUUUUGCCAAGAAGGAUUGCUUCACACGAGCUAGACGAGGAUUUCAAUAAUGUAACUGCUAUUGCGUUCUCACCGGAUAGCUCGGUCGUUGCGUAUUCGAACAACGAGAAAGCCGGCCAUAUUGACCUCAAGACGGGGUUCAGUCACUCCCGAUCCCAUCGCGAAACUUCAAAAGUAAAGUUUAACUAUUUAUACAACUCGGGAGCCGCCACGUUUUCUGAAGAUGGUCGCUUAGUGACCUUUUAUCACUCUAAAUUAUUCGAUACGGAUAUAACCGCAUAUUGGAGCUUGUACGACUUGCAGACGAAACAGUUGACGAGGAUAAAUCUAGAUCUAAAUCUAGCCAAGAAAGAACUGGCAUCAAAUCAGAGUCCACUUUUACUUCAGCAAUUACAAAAUGAGACCUACUUGAUAGUCGGGAACCUACAAUUCUUAGUCAACCAACAGAAGGGCGUGGCUGAACGGGUGCAGCUCGAAAAUGAUGAGGUGCUGCGUCCCAAAUACGCACAAUUAUAUAUCCGGGAUGGUUGGCUUUAUUUUGGCGCCCACCGUAUCGUUUGGAUUCCAGAUACAUACGGUUAUAAUGACUACAAGUGCGGCAGCGAUGGAACGAUUGUGGUUUCUUAUUCGGGUAGGACCUAUGGGUUCUACACAUUGGGGUUGGACUUAAAAGUACUGGCUGAGGAAUUAACUAGAUCAUGA